CGUGGUGUCACGGUCGUCAGUCGUCACGGGAGAGCUGACUGCGCCGUCGACCGUCAGUCGUGGCUCGUUCGUCGCGCUCGCGCCCGCGGUUGCGGUCUUUGGUGGUUCGCGAUUGCGUGUUUCGUUCGAGGUUUUCCGAUUUUCAUUUUGCGUGCGACUGCUCGUCGUUCCUUGCUGUUUCGAGAUCAAAGCGUGCUCGUGGAUAGAAAAUGGCAGAUGCCACGACGGAGGAGAGGAAUAAUGGUCGCCCGGAAGGCAUAGAAACGGUGUACGGUUCAACGGUCGGUCACGCAGAGAUCGAUUUCGGAAGAAACGCCGAGCUACGAAGGAACGGAACGGCUCGUUCGAACGUCGGCUCGAGGCAAUAGAGAGAGAGAACAAGGAAUCGUAUCCGAAGCUCGAUCGCUCUCCCUCCCUCUCUCUCUCUCUCUUUCUCUCUCUCUCUCUCUCCCUAUCUCGCUCUUCAACCCUUUCUUUCUCGCUUGUUCCAAAAUCGGUGCUCGCGUACGGUGGACGAGGUGGCAAUGAGGACGCGCGGCUCGGAUCGAUGAAAAAAUUAGAGUAGCAGUACCCGUUCCGAAAGAGGAUGAAAGUGUACUAGAAGAACGACAUCCAGUGUGCGUCGGUGGUGGUUCCGCCUUCCGCCUUCUCGUUGACGGCGCCUUCGCGUUGUGUCGGUGCCGUGGGUGCGUGGGUGCGUGCGUGCGCGCGCAUAUACGUGCACCGUGAUUCGGCGUGCUCGUCGGUGUAAGCUGCUCCAAGCUGGUGUUCCAAGCGUGCGCGUGUGCUUUGUGUCGUCGAUGUGUGCACGCGUAUCCUUUUCGAUACGGCGCACCUAGGUGUGCGUUUCGCGUGUGCGAGCGUGCGUGCGUGCGUGCACGCGCGCGCGCGCUCGGCUAGCUCGUCGAUGUCAGAAGUUCGUCGUACGAAAGCGGCCGUUCGUUUUGUCCGAUAAGAAUGGAAUCGGUGGUGAUUGGUCGGCGGUCGGUGCAUUAACGUUACGUAGGUUCGCACGCGAGAAUAUACCCGACGAAACGCUCGCGAAUAUAUGCGAGAACAUACUCGAUCUCUCCGCGUAUCACGCGUAGAUGCACGGCUCGCGAACACCGGAGUUCAGACUACACACGUAAUGGCGAAUACGUUGUACGUUCGCGUGGGUGGGUUUACGGUAUAAUGUGGACGUGGAUGUGGCUGUGGGUGUGGGUGAGCGUCAGCAGCAGCAGCAGCAGCAGCAACAGCAACAGCAUCGGCAGCAUCGUCGUCGUUCUUUGCACGUACACGCGUACGCGUAUACCAGUGGUGAGGUCGGUAACGUGUAAUGGCAUGGAAAUGAGGCGCGCGCGAGUGUCAUCUCGAAAGAUACGCCUCUCGCCCGGAAAGCUACUCUGUGCUCCAAACUCGAAAGUGGAAUCCUCUCGCGGGUGUUAUCCGUUACCGGCGUAACCUCGGUCGGCUCUUGGUCGACUCGAGCGAUCGAGCGCGUCUCGUUUACGUCGUCUACGCGCCGUCUAUGCACGUCGCCGAGCUCCGAGCUCCGAUUUUCAAGUUCCGUUCACCCGUGGAACUGUUUUCCGGCUUUGUUUCGAUUUUGCAUGAACGGCUGCCACCGUUUCCACUACCACUACCGUUAGCACGCACGGCACACAGCAUGCGAUAGCAUCGAAUUCCGAAGCAACCGCGAAGGGUCUCGUUCGUGAUUCACGACAUCCCAAAAUCUUUGGACACCGAAAGAAAAGAUGCGCAACGAGUGGCUAAGGAAGUUGAUCGCGAUAGCAGUAUUCGCCCUUACCACGGUUCACGGGCAAUGGAGAUUACCGCGCAUAACGGAACACCCCUCGGACAUAAUUGUGGCGAAAAACGAACCGAUAACGUUGAAUUGCAAAGCAGAAGGUAAACCUCAACCGGUAAUCGAGUGGUACAAAGACGGGGAACUGGUUCAAACGUCGCCAGGAGAUGCAAAAUCCCAUCGCGUUCUCCUCCCGACGGGAUCGCUAUUUUUCUUAAGGGUAAUGCAUGGCAAAAAGGAGCAAGACGGCGGAGUUUACUGGUGCGUCGCGAAAAAUCAAGAGGGUUCUGUUCCAAGUCGAAACGCCACUCUCACCGUCGCAGUGCUGAGGGAUGAAUUUCGCGCGCAACCGCAAAACACUAGGGUCGCGGCUGGAGAAACCGCCUUGUUGGAGUGCGGGCCACCUCGUGGACAUCCGGAACCGACUUUGCAUUGGAAGAGGAACGGUCAUACGAUAGACCUGGAUGCCACCAAAAGGAUAACUCUCGUGGACGGCGGGAACUUGAUGAUCUCCGAUGUCAGGCAGACGGACCAAGGAAAGUACCAGUGCGUUGCCGAGAACAUGGUGGGAACGAAGGAGUCCGCCGUGGCGCUUUUGACCGUUCACGUGAAACCGUACUUUCUGGCGACCCCCGCGAACCAGACGAUCCUGACGGAUCAAACGGCCGAGUUCGCCUGCCGCGUCGGCGGCGACCCACCGCCCGAGAUACUUUGGCGACGGAACGAUGGGAAGAUGCCGAUCGGACGAGCGCACAUCUCCGACGACAAGAGCCUGCGGAUCGAGAAAGUAACGUCGCUGGAUCAGGGCAUGUACAUUUGCGACGCCGGGAACGGUGUCGGCGCGAUCUCGGCGAGCGCCAUCCUGACGGUGCACUCGAGACCGGUCUUCACCGAUUUUCCAACGGACGAGGCCGUCGUGAUCGGCGCGAACGUGUCGUUCUCGUGCGCGGCACGCGGCGCCCCGAAGCCCUCGAUAUUCUGGACGCGCGAGGGCUCUCAGGAACUGAUGUUCCCGGGGAAUCAGUAUCAGGGCCGUUACAGGGUGACGGCGGACGGAAGCCUGCACGUCUUGGGCGCCCUGGCGAAAGACGAGGGCCAUUACGUCUGCAGCGCGAUCAGUCAAGCCGGCGCGAGCACCGCCACCGUUUUCCUCCAGGUUACAUCGGUCGAGGAUUCUCCACCGCCCAUCAUCGAAUUGGGGCCGAGCAAUCAAACGUUGCCUCCGACGAGCGACGCCACGAUGGCGUGUCGCGCGACCGGAAGACCACCCCCGAAGAUUCGCUGGCUGAAGAACGACGAGCCGCUGCGAGACGACGGGAACCGAUUCGCGAUCGCCGGUAACGGCACCCUCUCGAUAAAGAACCUGCAGGCGAGCGACACCGGCGUGUACAAGUGCGUCGCCGUUUCCGAUUUCGGUAACGCGACCUGGACGGCGAGCUUGACGGUCAGCCCGGAAGCGGACCACCGACCGCCCAACCUGCUCCAGGACAUGAUGUCGGCUCUGCCCGAGAGUCCGAGCAAACCGAGGAUAACCAACGUUACCAGCAACACGGUUACGCUCGCCUGGAGUCCGGGGCACGACGGGGCCAGCAAGAUCAUCGAUUACACCGUCGAAUACUUUGCCACCAAUCCAAAGACCGGCUGGACGGUUGCCGCGACGGAUAUCGUCAACGAUAUUUAUACCGUAACGAACCUGAAGCCCGACACCAAUUAUGUAUUCCUCGUCCGUGCUAGAAACGGUCAGGGCAUCUCGCUUCCCGGUCCGCUGUCGGACGUUGCGCGGACCAGCAGCCUCGAUCGACAGCAGACCACGCCUCAGUCCGAAUUGAUUCGGGCGAGAGAUCGUCUGAACAGCGAGAUUCUCUUCUUGAAAGAGGUUCAACCGUUGAGCAGCACCAGCGUCAAGAUCGUGUGGGAUAUUCUCGGAGCCGCGGACUUGGUGGAAGGUCUCUACAUACGGUAUCGCGAGAUAUCCGAUAAACCGGAGUAUCGGAUGGUCACGGUGCUGAACGCUGGGGCAACCAGUUACGUGUUAACGAACCUGAACAAGUACACGCGGCACGAGUUUUUUCUAGUUCCGUUUUACAAAACUAUCGAGGGAAGACCGAGCAACGUGAAACUGGCCACCACGUUGGAAGACGUACCUUCCGGCGCGCCCGAGAACGUUCACGUCGGCAUGAUCAACGUGACGUCCGCGUUCGUUCGAUGGUCCCCGCCGCCGAAGAACGCGCAAAACGGACAGCUGAUCGGGUACAAGAUCCAGAUCAAGAGCAACAACAGCAACAAAGUUCUGGGUCAGAUGUCUUUGAACGCGUCCAUGACUUCCGUGAUCAUCAACAGCUUAACCACCGGAGGUCUUUACACCGCCCGCGUGGCCGGAUUGACUCGGGCCGGUCUCGGCCCCUUCUCGAAUCCGACCGUUUUGAACAUGGACCCGAGACAGCUGACGCAACUGCCGGCGAGAACCGAUCCGAGUCAGAAAACCGCCUCCGUGAUCAGCGAAACGUGGUUUCUGGUUCUGAUGAUCACGGUGGUGCUGAUCGCGAUCGCGGUCUUUCUGGGCAUCGUCUACGCCCGACGAAGACAAGCGAUGAGCAAGCAGCUCGGCCAUUUGAACGUUCCCGUUGGCACGGCCAACGAUAUCUGUCAACUGAACAAGGACGCGUUGUGGUUGGAACGCGGCUGGAGGCCGAGCAACACCCUUCAGGCCUCGACCACAGACAAGGACUGCGAGACCAAGCUGCUCAGCAAUCAGAAUCAGAUGGGUCUGCCGCCGGGAAUCGUCGGGAUGACGGGCUCGGAGUACGCCGAGGUUAACCUGACGACGUUCUACAACACGAGGAAACAGUUGCAGGCACCGCCGGAACCGUACGCCACCACCACGCUGUGCAUGCCCACUCGUAGUCCAGAGUCGGCCGAGACCAGCGGUCGCAAGUCGAAUUCCAGCGACUCUUGCCUGAAGCCGGACUACUCCAGCUUGGAUUCGAACCUGGAUCGCAACAAGUCGACGGUCUCGCCGUGCAGCGACAACGCCAGCAGCAUCUACAACGGCGAGGAAAACACGGAAUCCCACAGAAGGACUCACCAGUACAGAAUGCCGCUUCCGAACGAGAAUCCGCCGCCGAACUGGUGCGACAUGCUACCGCCUCCUCCGGAUCAUCCGCCCUCCUUCGAGGGAUCGCUCGGUUCCAGCAGAGCGACGCAUCUACAUUCCCAUUCGCAUUCGCACACGCACGCGCAUUCGCAUCCGCAUCAACACCAGCAUCAGUAUCAGUACCAUCACCAUCAUCAGCAACCGUCGCAGCAACAGCAGCAACUCGGCCAUCAGUAUCAACAUCAGCACCACUAUCAGCAACAGCAAUCGCAGUCGCAACAGCAACAACAACAACAACAGCAGCAACAAUAUCAGUCGGCGUUCAGUCCUCAUCUGGGGAAACGGAGCAUCGACAGGCAAAACGAUCUAGACUCGAUGACCGGUUCGGGAUUGACGUUGGGAUUGGGCUUGGGUCUGAGCUCCAAUUCGGGAUCCGGAUCGGGGUCCGGUUCCGGGUCUGGUUCUGGGUCUGGUUCUGGGUCCGGAUCCGGUUCUGGUCCCGGAUCGGGAAAUUCUCAAAGUCCACCGAGUCCGCCGAUCCGAACGGCCAACAAUCUGAGCGGUUCGGGAUUGGUUUGGACCGGCUCGAGUAGUUCUCAUCAUCAUCAGCCGCAGCCGCAGUCGCAACAACAACAACAACAACAACAACAACAGCAACAGCAAUCGUUCGAUGGAGCCGUUCCGCAAACGAGCGGCGUCCAUCAGCAGCAGAGCAGGUACACGAGUUUGCCGCCGCAGACGAAUCCACCGUCUUUGCCGGCUCUGCCGCAGGGAUUCGAACGUUACGAUUACAAGUGCAACAACCAAGAGAACGAGUACGAGAGCGGUUCGGUUUUGUACGGGCAACGAAACGAUUCGCCGCUCGAAGAUUACGAUUCCAGCGCGUACUGCCGAGUGAACCGGACAGACUCUCGCUCGGAUCAAUCGAUCGUGAACGAAAGCAUGUAUCGCCGGCACAACGAGGACUGUUACCCAACGGAGAAUCUCUACCAGCCGGAAACCGAGGAUUGGGACAGGAAGUCGUGCGACUCGAACGCGCACUCGGACAUUUGUUGCUCCUGUUCCGAGUCGAGUUGCCUCUACGGCAACACGCUCGAGUACAACGAUCAGUUCACCGUGUCCUCGGCGAAUUGUCUUCACGGUAGAACCGGAUCGCGAAGCAGGAGCGGCAGGAGUCCGCGUAGAAGAAACCCUAGAAACUCUUCGCCAACCUACAGUAGCGGUGAUAGUAAUUACUCUUGUAUUCCCCCGAGGCAACCCGGAAGUAUCGGCUCGCAAGAAAGGGGAAGGCAUAAUCGUGGGAAAGACAAAGUGCCUAGUUUCACCAGAAUCGGCGGUUAUUCUCAACACAAUUCCACGGGUUCGAAUACGGUCAGCAGUUCCGGAAGUCAAAGGUACAACAAGUUGAGCAACGUGUUCGCCGGGGCUAACAACUCGAACGUUCCUCCCGCGGACUGUAGCCGACCGGCGGAUCUCCGUGACGGUUAACGGGGGGCAACAACGAGCUCGUGCUUGCUCUCGUUCGUCGUCCACGGCCGAACCGAUUCCUUCGGGAACUGGUCACGUGUCCGCCUGUACCGGUGCCACCCCUAUACCUAUACCUAUACCCAUAUCCAGGUGACAACGAUCGCUCGGUUAUCUUCUCCUGUUCCACCUUCCUUCUUCCGCCAUUCCCCUCGAAUCCCACGAAACCUUCGACAAAUCCACGAAACCCCCCGAAUUCCACGAACCCCGUGGGCACAGUCGCUCCAAACAGUCUCUCCAUUCGCGCGAUUCGACGAGAAAUCGCGGAGGUCGUUGGAAUCUUUUUGGAGCCAUUGGAACGCGGAAAGUUUCAUUCGCUUAUUUUCCGAAUCGUUCUACACCGCACAUGUACAUACGUGAAGAUAGCGACCGCCCCAGAAAUAUCAAGGACAACACCUUCCAUGCUCGAGUUGACCGGAAUAAUUUCGAUCUCGCCGCCUAUCCUUGUCGAACACGAAAAGAUGGAAAUAGAAAGAAGGCGAGCGAGCGAUCGUGUGCUCGAUCCAAGACGAGCGUCGUCUAAAUUACGAUUACGAUUACAAUUACGAUUACGUAAAUAGGAAUUAUAGCGUGAGAAAUGGUGGUGCACGUUGAACGGUAUAUCUGUAUAGGUUGUUUUCCUACUUCGCGGAGCGAAUAGCAAUUUACGAUUUACAAUUUACAAUUUACAAUCUAAAGCGUAAACUUUUCGAUUACUAUCCGCUCGCGCGCACACUUCGAUCUAGCGACGGCAUUUAUUUUAUGAAGACUCGAAAUUCUCGCCGCAAUGUUCCGCGUAAGUGUGUGCGCGCGUGCGUGCGCGUGCGUUGGCUUUGCGCGGCGCACACGACCUGAACUUCUGUUCCUGAACUCGUUUACGAGUCGCGGAGUCACGAACCGCAAAAGUUGGUCGCGUCUAUCGAACCGUCUCGCCGACCGUCGACCGUCGACCGCCGACCGCCUCGAUCGACCACCUCCGGUCGACGGUGACGCGCGGUUUCUCUCGUACCGUACGUUUCUACGACGACCGUGGCGAACACUCUGUAACCAAUUCCAAUGGAAAGAGAAACUAGAGAAACGAUUGCCAUAUAUCGAGGAGUUUUCUAUUUGUACGAGUCGCACGUUCGCCGCGAGUCCCUUCUCGCCAGUCGAGGCGACGCGAUCGCAACGACUGCAACGCUUCCUGGUCUGUGAUUCGUUGUUUUCGUCGAAACGAGGCAUCGAAUGCUCGACGAUUUCGAUCGCCGAUCGAAUCGGAACUGCUCAACGGCGCUGCGGGGACUGUCUGUUAAGCUGGAACGCGUUCGAACGAUUUCGAAAUCGUGCACGAAAUCGAAAUCGACGUCGAUCGCGCCCGCAUGUACCUAUUAUGUAUACAUAAAAAUCCGAAACCGAGAUCCUUCCAACGAAGAGAAGGAAACGAUCGUGUGCGAAGUAAAUUUUGCGAAGAGUACCCGCAUCGGUGAUCGCUCAAAAAAUCCCUCGUGAUUAGUUUAAAAAACGUUUCAACGAACGGAAACAGGAUAAGGAGAAAUAUGAAAGGAAAUAGGUGAAAAA